AGUUCAAGAUUUCAAGCCUCGAGGCUUCAACGGUUGAACUUCAAAAGUCAACUUCCGACUGUCAGACCAUCUCGAAGAUCUGCAGGCGUCCUGCGGCUUGUAAAUUGCGCACAGCCUUCCCCCUUCCCUUAAACCUACGGCGCCGUCUCAUCGGACAAGAUGACGACGGACAGCGAGAUCCUGGAGAAGCUCGAAGGCCUCACUCGGGAUGCCACCCGCCACCAGCUGGAGGCUCUCCAGUCGAUCCUCCAGCGCAACGGCAGCACGGGUUACCUGCGCCCCUUCCUCAGCAGCCACCCUGCGCCGAUCGACGUGGCAACUUUCCGGCGCAAAGUCCCUCUGUCUAGCUACGACGACUACGCCGACCACAUCAGUCGUAUGGCCGACGGGUUAGUCGAUGACGGCGACCCGAUCCUGUGUGUUGAUCCCCUCGUCUGUUUCUUUUACAGCUCCGGGACAAGUUCCAUGAGACCAAAGAUGAUACCUUACUUCGAUACGCCUCUGUCGAGAGAGGCUACAUUCGUAGCUAUGUGGGGCAGCGCUGCAAUACUUCGAAGGUCGUUCCCCCCGAGGCCAUCAGCAAACAAGAGUCUCUGGUUUGUUUAUGCCGGUAAUGUCACUCAGACCAAGGGCGGGUUCAAGGCCAUGGCAGCCUCGGCUUACCCAAUGCACAGUGGCAGAACGAGGUCCUCACAGUUUCUGUCUGCUUCCAUUAGUCCACGAGAGGUCAUUCUGGGAUCGGAUGUCGACUGCCAGAUGUACUGCCACCUUCUGUGUGGCCUUAGGCACUUCGACAUGAUCGACAGUAUUCAAGCGCCAUAUGCCACCGGAUUAGUUAGAGCAUUCUGCCUUCUGGAGGAAAAAUGGGAGUUGCUCUGUGAGGACGUAGAAAAAGGGUUCCUGAGUUUGGAUACCUCCGACACAGCAAUGAAAGAUUCCGUCAACGAGUCUCUUGGAGGGCCUCGGAGUGAUCUGUCCGAAAGAAUUAGGUUGAUCUGCAAAGAGAACUCUUGGGACGGGAUUCUGAUUAAGCUAUGGCCGAAUCUGAGGUACGUCAAGUGCGUAACGACGGGGAGUAUGAUGCAUUGUUACCCAAAACUCAAGCGCUAUGCUGGAGAAGUCCCGAUGCUAGGUGGAGGCUACUUCGCCUCUGAAUGCGCUGUGGGCAUUAACUUGGAGCCGAUGCAACCUCCCGAAAAUACCCGGUUUGUAGUGCUUCCAACAGCGGGCUAUUUCGAGUUUCUCCCCUAUGAUCCCGAUGAAAACAGUGUCGCUGACGGGGAAAUCGUGGAUAUCUCGGGCGUCGAAGUCGGGAAGAUCUAUGAAGUAGUCGUUACUACUUUUAGAGGACUUUAUCGGUACCGGCUAGGCGACAUAGUCAGAGUGACUGGGUUUUAUAACUCAUCUCCUGAGCUGGAGUUCGUGAUGAGAGCUCCUAAAUCUUCUUCCGAGAUGAUAACCGAGAGGGACUUGACAUCCGUGGUCGAAAAGACACGAGUCCUGCUUGAAGAUGUCUUGGAGGCGGAAAUCACAGAGUACGCUUGCUCCGUGGACUUUAACAUGAGCCCCAGGCAAUUGAAGAUUUAUCUAGAAGUCAAAGGCGUCUCAUUCGAGGACAAAUUGAAGGACACCAUGAUCGAUCUUACAAGGUGCUGUGCAUCAAUGGAGGAUGACUUCGGAGGCAUCUACAAGGUGCAGAGGGAAAGAGGCGAACUCAGGCCUCUGUUGGUGUAUAUUGUAACUCCCGGAAGCUUUGAUAGGUUAUUGCAGAUUGCGACCGAGAAGGGAGCGCCCGCUAGUCAGUAUAAACAUCCCAAGAUUAUCCGGAAUUGCGAAAUUUCUGAUUUCCUAGAAGGAGUUGCUCUCACUACUAUAUGUACAGAUUCAAAGGAUGCCUGAAAAUCAUCCUAAAUUUGGGUCAAGUCUCAACUUGCCUCUCUGUACCAUCGUACUUCUUCGAGAAAUUUGCGUACUUUCUAUUUGGUGAUCUUUCCGGCCCACUCCAUGAUGGAUUUGGAUCAAUUAUAGCCAUUGAUCAUGUGCAUAUUGCAUUAGUCUCGCAAAAUCAGAAGUUCUUGAUUGAAUCUGACCAUGGAUCACGGUUGAGCCAAGUGUUUCCCCAUUUCUUGGGACUCCAUGUCAGGAAUGGUUCUAGACGUAUUUCAGGGGAAUGUGUACUUCAAUUUGGAGAUAGGAUACAGAUUGUACUUCAUGUUUCCCCUCCUAAAUGCGUGACCUUACUGUAAUUACCCAUAAAAUUGCUGUAUAGAACAUGCUUAUCAUUCUAUGAUCAAAGUUCCUAUCUUCUCCGAAA